CAGGAGCGUGCUCAAGUGCCAGUGGUUUCCGUUUUGUUUCCUGAUUAUUGCUAGCGCUCUGCCAGGCGGGGGUUUCUGCGUAGCGCUCUGGAGAAACGUGCGAUUUGAACCUUCAGCCUCGGAAACGGUGACAGCUUUUCACGCAUCCGCCAACGUUGUAAUCAAAAACAGCCUGCUGUGUAGCAAUGGAAGCUGAACAGAAUCAGGAAGUUCCAGAGGCUGUCGCUGAGACACAGGAAGUGACAGUGCAGCAAGAGGAGAAACCAGAGCCUAAGUCUGACGAGGUGGCACCUUCAGAGCCUGCAGAUCCUCAGAAAGUGUCCCCUGAACCCGAGAAGACCGCAGAGACGGCGCAUCCUGCUGAGGAAUCGGCAGAAAAGGAGAAAGCGACUGACUCUGAAGCACCGGAAAAAUCUCCUGAGGAAACCCCUGAGCCAGAACAGCAGAAGUCUGAGGAGCCACAGGUUCAAGUGAACUCUGAGCCUGAGAAGCAGGAGGAAGAAGCUGUGAAGGAGGUGGAGCCUAAGAAAGAGGAGGAGCCUGCCAAAGAGGCGGAGUCCAAACCCACUGCUGAGAACGAAGCCAAGCCCGGAGAAUCUGAUAAAGGUGAGGAGACAAAGACGGAAGGAGAAGAGGAUAAGGUGCAACCAGAAGCUGAUGGAGUUCAAGCUGAGCCCACAAAAGAGGCAGAGACCAAGCAGAAAGAGCCAGAGGUGCCUUUGUUCUUUGGCUGGUUCCUGCUUCCAGAGGAAGAGGAACGGAUUAAGUGUGCGACCAUGGACUUUCUCAAGACGCUGGACACUUUGGAGGCCUUCAAAGAACACAUCAGUGAAUUUACUGGUGAGGCGGAGAAAGAAGUGGAUCUAGAGCAGUAUUUCCAGAACCCAUUGCAACUUCAUUGCACUACAAUGUUCUGUGAUUACGGGAAAGCAGAGGGAGCAAAAGAAUAUGCAGAGCUACAGGUGGUCAAGGAAUCCCUUUCCAAAUCUUAUGAGCUUUCCGUCACUGCUCUUUUAGUGACCCCUCGUACGUUUGGGGCCCGUGUGGCUUUGACGGAAGCCCAGUUGAAGCUGUGGCCUGAGGGAGCGGACAAAGAAGGGGUCCCUCCGGCCCUCCUGCCCAGCGUGGAGGCCCUUCCGGCGGGCAGCCGCGCCCACGUCACGUUAGGCUGCUCGGCAGGCGUGGAGGCGGUGCAGACCGGUUUGGAUUUGCUGGAGAUCCUGGCUCUGCAGAAAGAGGGCAAGGAGGGCACCCAGGUCGAGAUGGACUUGGGUACUUUGACCUACCUGAGCGAGGGCCGCUGGUUCCUCGCUCUGAGGGAACCGAUCACCGCGGAUACCACCUUCACUAGCUUCUCCGACGACAAGCCCACCAGCGACCAGGGCAAAAAGGAUGGAGAGAAGAAAAAGAAAAAGUGUACCAUUCUGUGAGCGCAAAGCGAGGAGGAGAAGAGAGGGGAGGGGGGGGGAGGAGGAGGAGAAGACAUUUUUCCUAAGGGCUCUGGCCCUCGGUUGGCUGAGGAUGAUGUUGUGUUUCUGCAUGUGUGUAGGUGGAUUGCGUGUAUGUUUCGCAGCUUUAGUGUGCGUACAGGGAUGGCUUGGGAUGAUUUGGCAGGCAGUGUGAAACCAGACGUUCCAAAGCGGCCUGCUGGCUCCCGGCUCUCUCUUAGCUGGUGCCUUUUUUCCUUUUGCCUGGCAACACAAGCUCAGAGGCCUUAGUAUCUGCCUUAAGGUCAUGGAUCACUCUGCGUUAGGUGCUAGUUCACUUGGCCGUUUUGGCCGCCACACCAUCCCUGUUCCCUUUACACAGGUACAUCCACGAUCGGUCUUCCUUACACGUGACACUCAUGUAGAACACUUAGAUUUAGCACAACUUUACCGGUUUGAUUAACUGAUUUAUACUCUGUUCCAGCUGAGUUCUUGUUGAUUUAGUCUAGAUACACGUUUUCACCUUCGGUAUCUUUAGGAGAUUUGCAUUCCAAGUGUACACUUAGACCUUCGACUUCAUGAAAUAGAGCACCUUGAUCUGUCAUCACAGGGAGUUUUGGCAUAGAGUAUAAAUUUGUUAGUUUAGUAUGUGAUCAUUCAGUGUCCCUCUCGUUCUUCAGCCUUUGUGGAGCUGGUAAUUUCUAAGAAUUCAUCCUGCACCGUUGUUAUAAUCUCACCGAUAGUGAUCUGUUGUGUGUAUGUGUGUUGUGUGUGUGCAUGCCUUUUGCCAAAAAGAAGAAAAAAAACACAUGGUUAAUCCCUCUCUCGCAAUCACUUUAAAUUCAACAAGGUUUUUCUUUUUAUCAAAUAAGAUUACAUACUCUCUGUGACAUGUUUUUAGGCUAAAGUGCGUAUAUGUGUAUGAUAGUGUUCUCUCUUAAACUUACCGUUUACACAGUGUUGGUCAAACCAUCGGAGGCCCUUUUUUGAAUCUACAGCCCGUCACGUCGGAUGAGACAUGCCUGUACUUCAUUAUAUCUGUACGAUCAGCUUUCAUAAACCAGUAUAUUCACAUGUGAUUAGUACAUUUACUCUCUCUGUCUCUCUCAUUCUUAAUCAAUCUUGAAAAAAGGAAAAAAAGUGCACUCUAAAUACUGUGACAAGCAUCUAUCUGGUGCCUUCCUCUUCUGUAGGUUUCUAGAUGGCCGAAGCCAUGCUUCUUAUAGGUCUGACAUCAAGGCACUAAAUUUUUGCACUUACCUUGUUUUUCAUUUGUUUUGUACACUUAAUAAAGAAUGUGCUUGGCUCUGACAAACCUA